GAGAGAGAGAGAGAGAGGGAGGUAGGCAUAGGUGAUGCUGUGGAAUCCAUGCACCAUAUCAUAUAAAUUAGAGGAGGCAAUAGGCCCUCGAUAUCCUGGACAGUGCUAUCUUUGUUACCACCAUACACAGUAACUACUCUUCAAGGCCUACUGCAUUUUGGAUAGCCCAAAAACAAAAAAUCUCGUACCGCGUAGCCGUUCCGUAGACAUUUAUGAGGCACAAUUAUGUUGUUAUCUUCUUUUUAUACCAAAUACGUGCAAUAUGAGAUAAUUUUCCAAAGAAUCUUUAAAUCAUCCCGCCAAUAAGCAAACGUACAAGUUUAGAAAAUCGAGUAUAAAUCGUUUUUUUUUCUUUCUCCUCGCUGUCACCUGUAGCGAUGAUUGGUAUCGAUUGUGUCGAUCCACUAUUUGGUCUAGACAUAUUUGCAAAUCUAGGGAAAUUGUUAUUAAUUUAGUAUCAUAACUCAGCUUGGCUUGGCGAUACGUUUGGCAGCUGCUGACGUCGGGUAAACUCUGGCCACGAAACUUUGUGCUACUACCACUCACCAGUAAGGUUGCUUUGUGGCAGCUUUGCAGCAUUUUUGUAAUAUCACCUCUGUCCCAUGCGACCUACGGCGUAAGACGAACUGGUUUCCAUUCUAUAUAGCAUAGUUUAAUGGUUGUGAUUUUAACCGAAGUGGCAGUGUCCCUUCCGCGCCCUCACUUUCAGCAAGAUUUCACUGAUUAACUUUUGCGUGUCGGAUGGUUUUAUUCUAAAAUGUUUGUAGCAAAUAGCAAGAUGCAAUAAGAAGACAUUAAAAUAAGGACUAGCCAAUCGGAAGCUAGGUGACAUUCAAAACGUUCAACUCAUUGCUGCAGAUCGAUCGAAAAUGGUUUACAUGUUGGGCCACUGGUUACCCGCUUAGGAGGAGUAGCUUAAAUGUAGCCAUUUUUAAAAUGUGAUAUACCCACAAACCACAAGCAAAUGUAUAAAACAUCCCUCCCACCAACCGCCCGCCCGCACGAUCCCUUGUUACGAGGUCAGUCAUUUAGGUUUAGCGAAAGAGAUAUAUUUUUACAUCUUAGCAACCGCCGGCAAUCCUCGGUCGGUCUUCUUAAGUUAAGCAUCGUCAACAAAAGACGACAACAGUAGUUUAACGAAAAAAGGUGUAUGUAAUGUUGAAUUGUUAGUGCAGGGAAAUGCAAAUAUAAGGCUAUUUUUACUUUACCAUUA